AAAUUAUUCGUACCGUACCAAAAUACUAAGAAAAAACGAAUACACGCAAUAUUUCACGUAAAUAUGCGCUGAGGUGAUAUGCUGGAAAUAGUCGACAUUAAAAUGGAAAUAAGCAUGGUUAAAAAAUGGGUAUCCCUAGAGAGCGCAAUGUUUUGGACAACAUGGAUAAUCGAUGGAAUUAUCUAUAUUCAGCCAAGAACAAAAAUUCCUCGGCCCGUGACGAUGGGCCGCUUGGUGAAGCCACGCAGUUAUAUAUUUUUAUACCAACAGAAGCAGCCCUCCCAGCAAGAGGAUGCAAGAGACCUCACAAGCACUUCAAUUUCACAGGCAAUUUCACACCUGGAUGAUAGUAAUUCAGAAGAAGCAUAUUCAGAUCCGGAUUUAUGGAAGCCUCGAGGUCUUAUCAUUUAUCUUAAAAAAACCAAAAUUCCCUCGCCUAUGACGUUGGGCCGCUUGGUGAUGCCACGCAGAUAUAGAAUGACUUUCCCCUGGAACGACGAUUGGUCAUAUGCACUCUGAACCAAUCCUGGACUACCCGGCUACA